UCAAUUGUCAGUUGACAGUCCACAAAUUGUUGUUAUUGUAGGUACGUAGCUACCUGAAUUAAAAACAUUGCACAAAAAAUUACUAACAUUUACAAUAACUUGCUAAAAUGAUAAUGAAAAGAAAUUUAUUAGAAAGUGUCACAAUUAUAUCUUGUUGUUCAACAUUACUAUGUGUGUUAUUCAAUUAUGCGACUAAUAUAUCACCACUAACCGGUUAUUGGUUUGUUGCGUAUACUAUCUUUUUAUUUAUUACAUCUAUUAUAUUUAGUGUUAAAAUAAUUCAAUGGUUAUUGCAUCUAAAUAAACCAUUGAAAUACGAUUUGGAGUCUAUCAUUGAAAAGUAUCCUUACUCAGCCUUCUUAGUCAAAGUAUUGCCCUUAAUUUCGAAGAACUCUAAAACUCUUCCCGAUUGCAAGGAGUAUGAUACCAAUGAGUUAAGUGUAAUAACAUCAGUUUUAGAAAGGAAACUAGUAUCAUCAUGGUAUAUUCAUUACAUAUCACAAGAAAUAAGUUUCCCAUUUGCUUGUAAACAGAUGUUGGAUCAGAUGAUCAGCAAAGCAUUUCAGAUUAGCAAUAAAAUAGAAACUAAAGAUGUCUAUGUUGAUGUAUGUGCAAUCCUAAUAAGUCAUUUAAAGGAAUAUAAAAAUGCAUUAAAAAGACAUGAAAAGUCCUCUGAAAAAUCAGUAGAAUCACUAUAUAAGAAAGUUCAUCAAAUAUCUGAUCUUAAAAAUAAAAAGACAGCCGUAGCUGAUCACUGUGUAAAUAUUAUGAGACUUGUUUUGAAAGAGCUUGUUUCAUGGGAGUUGUGGGAUACACCUCAUUCAGAACUCAUUAUAAGAAUCCUUGCUAAGAAACUGGAUACUUAUGUAGACAGCACAAUUUCCAAUCCUGUCUGGUUAAAUGAUAAAAUAUUGUCAAUAUUAACUUCGCAAAAAGAUGAACCUGAAAAGAAAACAAUUCCAAAUCCAAAGAUAGAAAAAAAAGAUUCGUCUAGUGUGCAAGAAGAUGAAAUAGUUUUUCAAACAACUCAUCAACCUGAAAUUAAAGACAUUUCAAAUAGUCCAUCUAAUAGUAAGGAAGACAUAAAAGAUACUGAAGAAAAUGAUAAAUGUAUUGAAGCUAAAGAAAUUUUAACAACUACAGAGCCAGUUGAAAUAAAAUCGGUGUUGCGUCAGCGUAGAGGGAGGCAAGGAAAGAAUGAAGUAAAAAUAUAUGAUAGAGUCAUCGAGGGUAGUGUAAAGACAUGGGAGACAGAUAUGGAUCUCCAGUGCAUCAGCAUGGGUCAGGACCUUCUAGCAAGCCUGGAUGAGCUGACCCUCAGCAGACUGUGGGGCCACGAAGAGUUAGAGACUAGUCCAAUUAUGAGAGGCACCUCUCCUCAACCGUUGUGGUUUGGUGAAGAAGACGCCAUCGACCUAGACCCAGAGCCAGCUAAAGAGACGAAGAGUAGUCCAAAAGCGGCUGAUGCCUUGUUAAAGGACAUUCAGAGCACAGUGAUGGUUCACUGUGAUCUUGGUCUUAGCCUGGUGGCUAAGACCAAGAUCGGAGACCUGCAGGUCCCGUUGCACGUAGACAAGCCUCCUGGUGACGAAGCUGCUGGAAUGAUGGAAGGACUGUUGGAUAAAGGCAUCGCGGGGAUUAAAAAAGGACUGAGAUUUACAGGACUCAGUGAUGACUCGCAGGAGAAGUCACCAUCUCACCAGCGAGAAAAGUUGUCACCGACAGAAAGACGGGGCAAGCUGGAAAUGGUGACAGAACACAGGGAUAUUAAGGAGUAUGCCCCUAAAGAUGAAAAUUCUGCUGUUCCUCAACUUGUGAAGCAGCAUAGGGUUACAUCUCAAGACAGCUCGACUCAAGUCCGUCCCCCUGCUGAGGCCGGCGUGGCUAUUUCGGAGUCUCCGGAGCCGCAGUACGAAGAAGUGGCUGAUCUCUCGCACUCCAUCGCCAAACUGCGAUCUCUGCUCAACGAAGCUGCACCCAGAAACGAGGAGAUUUGGUGGGAGACAGCAGAAGAGACUCGCGGACGGACUCAGACGCAUCACUCCGAGAGACACGUGGACACUGCCACUCUCGCCGACGAAUACGACAUGAAUCUGGAAAGAAACGCGUCCCCGAGUCAAACCCCCAACAACAUGCAGAGGCUGGACAGAUUAUUCCAACGAACAGUGACGGGCGUGUUCAACUCGAUAAAGACAGCAGUGGGAGCUGAUGGAGAAGGAGAAGUGCAUCACCAAUGGAACUACGUCACCACCAACGUCGACACCAGCGUGGCCAACGCCGUGUCCCGUCUGGUGGGAUCUCGUCGGGCUUUGGCUCACGUAGACGCGGCGCUGGACUCGCUGCAACAACUGCCGUCGCAGGCGCAUCCAGAAGAUGACCUCGAGGAGUGGACGUGGUCAAGCGGAGUUUGGUGCGCGACGUGCGAAGUGCUCUGCGAGUUGGGGCUCCUCGAAGACCACGUCUCCUUCCGCCUCGCCACGCUGCUGCUGGCCGACGUAGCGGAGACAUUGAUUUGUUCCCGAUUAGAAGAACUGACGGCGUGGAUGAGGCAACAAUUGUUCGACGUUUUUGAAAGAAUGUCCGAGUCGGAAACUGAACCCCAAACCUCCGAAACGUUGAGGAUGUUCGAUGUCGAUGAAACUUGUCGAAUUAUUUUAGAAAAAAUGCCAGAAACGUACAUAUUCGGCGAAGAGAAGUUGAGUCGGGCCGUUCGUCUCCUGGUGAUGAGCUUCAGCCACGAGAGCAUCAACAGAGACGUCGUGUAUCGCACCAUCGACAUAUUCGCACAGCAUUUUAUCAGUUCAGCCGCAUUCAAGAACAUUUCCUUCGAUUCUAGUUAAUAUAAUUGUUGUAUUUGAUGAAUAAAUUACGUAAAUUCUAAUACAUUAAGAGCGAGUACAUAUUAGGCGUUUUGAAGCGCGCGCUUUUGUAACGCGCGUUUUGAGAACCAGUAGUUCUUAUCUAGGUGUACACACGCAAGCGCGCGUUUCUGAUCAGGCGCGCGUCGGACGCGCGCUUUGACAUUUUUGUUCAAACGCGCGUUGGGAGGGCGUCAGCCGCGCGCUUCGAGAUAAAUGAGCCGCCAUUUUGUUGUACAUUUGAACGCACGCUUUCGUGUAACGUGCAAUUCAAGAAUUUUAUGGACAUUCUAAAAUAAUUAAAACACUUAGGUUCAUACUGUCUUUAUUUGAGAUACAAUGUUGUAAACAUUCCAUGCGUCAGUCUAUCUCGUAGUAUUGGGUGCACCCAAAAUUCUCUUUGUCUCUGCCGUCGUCUUCUGUAGCGACGGUAUAGAAGCCACACACAAGAAAUCACUUCGACGUCCAUUUCCGAACUGAGCCGAGUAUGGACGCCCUACUAACGCUCGUAAAACGCCGUGCUAAGCGCGCUGUAUGUACGCUACCAACGCGCGCCUAACGCAACGCCGAGCGCCUUAUGUGUACUUGCCCUAACACGUUCAUAUUCCUUCGUUUGCUAUUUUUGAACGGUUUUAAUAAUUGUUAUUUUGCAUAUAAUUUACCACGCGCUGUCUAGUUGUACAAACGAAAUUAGUUUUUAGUUGAUAAAAUAAGCUGUUUUUGUACUCCCACUUGGUGGAUGUUAUUAUUUAAUUUGAUAUCGCACGACAUUCUACAUUUUUUAUUUUAUUUUGUUUAUAAUAGGGGGGCAAACGAGCCUACGGGACGCUCAAAAAGGGCAGUAGUCAUCGCAGCCCAUAGACACUUAUUUUUAGGGAUCAUUCACACGAGCGGCACGAUUCCGACGGUAGAGCAACUGCACUGCCGUACCCGCCAUUUUGUCACUUGACUGCAAAUAGUUUAGGAGUACCCGUUUCGAUUUUAUAAAAUGAUCUCAAAUGAGAGUAUUGUUGUUGAAAUGCAACAGUAAAGAAAAAUGCUUGUAUUUGGAGUUAUAAACCAGUG